CCCAUUGCUCUCGUUCGCCUCUCCACCGCUUCGCCACAGGACACCUUUGCACUUCUCGCCGGAUACCCUGCCACCCUGCCACCCUGCCACCUAGACGCAUCCAACCCCCACACCCUGCAACGCACACGACCACCAUGGCUUCCCCGCAGCGCAUCAAGACCGACCUGACCGAGCUAUUCGGCAUCAACCACCCCAUCAUGCUCGCCGGGAUGAACGUCGCAGCUGGCCCCGAACUCGCCGCAGCCGUCACCAAUGCAGGCGGCAUCGGCGUCAUCGGCGGAGUCGGAUACACGCCCAAGUUCCUCAAGGAGCAGAUCGAUGAACUCAAGGCCGGCCUCAAGGACAAGAACGGCGCAUUCGGCGUCGACCUCCUUCUCCCCCAGGUCGGCGGCAAUGCGCGAAAGACCAACUACGACUACACGGGCGGCCACCUGAUGGAGCUGGUGGACAUCAUCAUCGCGUCCAAGGCCAAGCUGUUCGUCGCGGCAGUGGGCGUGCCGCCAAAGGAGGUGGUGCAAAAGUUCCACAAGUCGGGCGUCAUCGUGUCCAACAUCAUUGGACACCCCAAGCACGCCGCCAAGGCCAUCGAGGCCGGCUGCGACAUGAUCAUCGUCCAGGGCGGCGAGGCCGGUGGGCACACCGGCGACGUUCCCUUCAGUAUCAUCGUCCCGCGCGUAGUGGACAUUGUCCGCCGUGGCGGUCACAAGUCGCCGCUGACUGGAAAGCCAAUCACCAUCGUCGCCGCCGGCGGUGUCUGGAACGGGCGCUCGCUCGCCGCGGCACUCAGCUACGGCGCCAGCGGCGUCUGGGUGGGCACGCGCUUCGUCGCGUCGACCGAGAGCGGCGCACCGCGCGGGCACAAACAAGCCGUCCUCACCUCCACCCACGAGACGGACAUCCGCACGAUCAUCUUCAGCGGCCGCCCGCUGCGCAUGCGCAACACGCCGUACAUCCAGGCGUGGGAGGACAGGCCGGACGAGAUCAAGCGCCUGACGAGCCAGGGCAUCAUCCCCGCUGUGCACGACCUCGAGAACGACAAGGAUGGUAGCGUCGAGGAGCAGACGCGCGAACGCUACCUCAUGGGUAAGGUCGCUGCCGUCAUCGAGGAUAUCAAGCCCGCCAAGGAGAUCAUCGACGACUUUAUCUCAGAAGCAGAGCACGCCAUCCGCGCCUCCCAGUCGCUCCUCGUCGCUGGUCCGCAUGCGAAGCUCUGAGUGCACCACGCCGCGCGCCCGCACGCGCACCACCUUGGCGUCCCGAAAUAAAAAUAAAAUAAAAGGACUCGGCGCGGAGCGCGCACCAGCAUCUAUUUCAUAGCACCCGCGAACGUGCCGACGGACGUCGGGCGGGCCUGCCUGCACCAUGUAAGCACGUAGCAUCCAUCGAUCCCUAUGCCACACGAGAUGACGUGCGCCUCCGACGCCGUGGCCGCUGAGAGGCGAGAGCUGGAAGUUGCGUGCCAGCGCCAGUACCCCGGCGGGCAGGUGCACAGUGGAAUACUAGCAUGGCAUGGCACCGCACGGCAUGGCGGGCGUGUGCGGUAUGUACAGAUGCGAUGUGACUGCUGCCAGGCUGCGGAC